UAUGCGAAAUAUGACAGCCAUUUUUAUAUAAAUUUAAUGGUUUUCUCACAGAAUGAAUGAUUAUGUUUUACUCUUUGUUAUUUUAUCUAGAAAAAUAUCGUGGUAAAAGCUCAUAUUGUGAACUCCAAUCAAAUCUACAUGAAUUUUUAUAUUUUGUCUAACAUAUUUUUCCAAAUAUGGCAAGCUAUCAAAGUGGAUAAUGAAUUAAUACAAGACAUGGCUUUAAAAUUAAAUAUCGCUAGCCAUAACAAUCUUACAUGAUUAGCCAUAAGCGAUGUUUAUUGUUGAAUGGUUGUUGUUAAAUGUCAGAUUUAGAAUAUGUCACAGUACAUUGAAAAAUACGAUAAAACUAUGAAUUGGAAUACAAAAGACGUUAUAAAGUUAAUAAAACUUUAUAAACAAUACGAAUGUCUGUGGAACAUUAAGAGCAAAAAUUAUAAAUACUUGGAUAACAAAAAAUAUGCAUGGUUACAAAUUUCUAGAGAAUGCAAUAGAAAUGUCACUGAUGUGAAACGCAAAGUUAAAUAUAUAAGAACAGCAUAUCUGGUAGAGAAAAAGAAAGUCGAUGCUUCAAAAAAGACAUCCUCAGUACGUGGAAUUUACACACCCCAUUUAUUUUAUUUUGAUGACCUGAACUUUUUAGAUUCGGUGAUUGUACAGCGAAAAGCUUACGAUACGAGUUUCAUUAAAGAUAUUGAAGUACCUGAUCAAAAUGAAGAAAGUGUACAAAUGAUGGAAUAUAUUAAAUGCGACGAAUAUUUGGAUGGUAAUAGUACUGAUAUAUUUCAAGAAUCGUUUUGUGAUGAAAGUAAUGUGAUGAAGAAUGAAACCCAAAAUUCUAUAGCAAUAUCUACACACAAUAAUGAUCCCUGCUUAAAAAAUGUAAUUCCGACACCUAAGCGUAAGCAUGUACCUGUUGCAGAUAUUAGUGAGGGAUAUUUAGAACCAGAAGAGGCGCGCCAUGAAACAUCAUGUAUUGAGUUAGCUUUAAAGGAUACGGAAAAAUCUGAUUUACAUUUUUUUCAAAGUUUAUUACCUUAUAUGAGUAAAUUUACAGAUUUGGAAAAACUGGAGAUAAAAGGUGAUGUUUUAAAAAUUAUUGGAGAAAAACUAAAAUACAAAGAACAACAACAAAAGCUUAAUAUUCGUUCUUAAUAAUGUAUAGUUUUUUUAAUGUUAACGUA